UCACAUCAUUAGUGUGGUUGGAGAGGUCCAGUGCUUUAACCUGUUUGACUACACUAGAAGAUUAAGUUAGCCAAACCACUGCUGUUGGAGAGGUCCAGUGCUUUAACCUGUUUGACUACACUAGAAGAUUAAGUUAGCCAAACCACUGCUGUUGGAGAGGUCCAGUGCUUUAACCUGUUUGACUACACUAGAAGAUUAAGUUAGCCAAACCACUGCUGUUAUCUGUAACUCAAGCUAUAAAGUCAUAAACCAUGAGGUUUCCUCUACCAGAUUGGGUUCUGUGUGUUUCUAACCCCUGUACCACCUGACCCCUGACCCUGUUCUCUCUCCUCCCUCUAGCAUCACGGCUGUGCUCAGUAACAAGUGUGGUUUCCUGUACCACCUGACCCCUGACCCUGUUCUCUCUCCUCCCUCUAGCAUCACGGCUGUGCUCAGUAACAAAUGUGGUUUCCUGUACCACCUGACCCUGUUCUCUCUCCUCCCUCUAGCAUCACGGCUGUGAUCAGUAACAAGUGUGGUUUCCAGCUGCAGUACCAGAUGGGGUUUUGUGUGUGGCUGCUGGCCUUCAACUCUCAGCUCUGUGAGCAGCUACGACGUUACAACGUGGUGCCGGCCCUGUCUGACAUCCUGCAGGAGUCUGUCAAGGAGAAGGUCACGCGCAUCAUCCUGGCUGCCUUCAGGAACCUGUUGGAGAAGUCAGCGGAUAGGGAGACCCGUCAGGAGUAUGCCCUGGCCAUGAUCCAGUGUAAGGUUCUGAAGCAGCUGGAGAAUCUGGACCAGCAGAAGUAUGACGAUGAGGACAUCACUGAAGACCUCAAGUUCCUGCUGGAGAGUCUAGGGGAGAGCGUUCAGGACCUCAGUUCGUUUGAUGAGUACAGUUCGGAGCUGAAGUCCGGUCGCCUGGAGUGGAGUCCGGUCCACAAGUCAGAGAAGUUCUGGCGUGAGAAUGCAGUCCGCCUCAACGAGAAGAACUACGAACUCCUCAAGUAAGACUCCUAGUGUUCACUAG